AUGGCCGACGAGCACCAAGACCUCACCAGGGCCUUCGCGGGUCUGGGCGGGCUGGGCGUGGACGAGACGGCGCUGGUGUCCGCGCUGGGGCGGUGGCGGCGGCAGCCGGAGAAGCGGGCGCACCGGCGCUGCUUCCUGGGCUUCUUCUCCGCGAGCGCCGGCGCGGGCGCCGCGAUCGAGCGGUGCGAGGACGAGUACCUGCUGCACCUCAAGGCGGAGUUCGCGCGGUUCAAGGACGCCGCGGUGCUGUGGGCGAUGCACCUGUGGGAGCGCGACGCGCGCUGGGCGCACCACGUCCUGCACAAGGCGCACCCGCCGCAGGUCCUCGUCGAGGUCGUCUGCACGCGCGCCACCGACGACCUGCUCGGCGCACGCCGCGCCUACCAGGCGCUCUACCACCGCUCGCUCGAGGAGGACGUCGCCUACCGCGUCAGGGACGCCAACGCCAGUCUGCUGGUGGGGCUGGUGAGCGCGUACCGGUACGAGGGCGCGCGCGUCAGCGAGGACCUCGCCACUGAGGAGGCCAAGGCGCUGGCCGCCACCGUCAGGGCCGCGCUGGCGCCGGCGGCGACCAAGCUAGUGCAGAACGAGCAGGUGGACCUGGCCGCCGAGCCGUGCCUGCGAGAGGCCGUCAAGUGCCUGGACUCGCCGCCCAAGUACUUCAGCGAGGUGAUCGGCAGGGCGUUCAGCGACGACGCGGACAGGCAGGCCAAGGCGGCGCUCACCCGCGUCCUCGUGUCACGCGCCGACACGGAUAUCAAGGACGCCUACGCCAGGCAGUACGGGGCCAAGCUCGCCGACGCCGUGGCCAAGAACUCCCAUGGCCACUAUAAGGACGCGCUGCUCGCCAUCAUCGGCAAGUGA